GACAUUACGCACCGGUGUCGCCACCAAAUGAUGUGCUGUUCUGGUGACGGUGCAACAAGCAGCACGGAGGCUGUGGUGUUGCUGUGAUACUACCAAUAGGCGGGACUGUGGAUCUGCAGUGUGAGAUUGUGAGCCGCACAGCUGGAACAUGAGCGGAAGGCUGGCACGCGGUCCAGCUGUGAGCUCAGCUGCUACACCAGCACUCAUCGCAUCCAGAACUUGCCUCCGAGUGCGCCAGGAGAGGACUUGUGCGCACGUUAGGUUUGAUCAGUGAGGCUACAGAACAGCAAUUCGCAGACUCAGCUCCAACUCCGAAGAAGGAUCCGAGUGUUUACGUCCUCUGAUGACUUCUUGUGGGCUUCGAUCAGUGUCGCCUCGAACCGCAGGACUUUCUGUUUCCACUUGGUAGCCGAACAGACGCCGUGAGUUCGGUGGUGCCGGUGAUGUAAGCUUUUCCUCCCAGAGCUCACCCCACAAUCACUACUGCGUCUCAUCUCAGAGCAUGGGACCCUUCAAACUCUAAAGUGAGAGGCACGACAGUCGGACUGCAGAGAGGGAACCGAGGGGAAAAACAGAGAGGAAGGAAAGGAUGGAGUCCAUAUUAUCAGAACAAUCUGCCACGGUGGACGAGCUGGUGGAGGCCUGCAUCCAAGCCUUUGAUGAGAAGGGCACUUUGAAGGAUACUUCUCUGGUGCGCAUGUUCCUCAUGAUGCAUCCUUGGUAUAUUCCUUCCACUGACAUGGCUAAGAAGCUUGUGCUCAAAUCUCAAGAAGAGAGCUGCACUGCAGAGCGCCGAACAAAGAUAUGCCAUCUUAUGAGGUACUGGAUUUCGGAGUUUCCCGCAGAGUUCAAUCUGAACCCGGAGCUGGCAGACCAGAUCAAAGACUAUAAAGACCUCUUGACCACCGAGGGCAACGAGAGGCAGAGUCAGCUCAUUGACCUCGACAGUGUGCCGUCCUACAAAUGGAAGCGGCAGGUGACUCAGCGUGUCCCGUCUGUGUCCAAAAAGAGGAAGAUGUCCCUGCUCUUCGACCACCUCGAUUCUUGCGAACUGGCCGAACAUCUGACCUAUCUAGAGUACAAAUCCUUCUGCAAGAUCCUGUUCCAGGACUACCACAGCUUUGUGAUGCACGGCUGCACGGUGGAUAACCCCAUCCUGGAACGCUUCAUCACGCUCUUUAAUAGCGUCUCCCAGUGGAUCCAGCUUAUGGUGCUCAGCAAGCCCACCGCCCCGCAGAGAGCCGCUGUCAUCUCCCAUUUCAUCAGAGUGGCACAGAAGCUGCUGCAGUUGCAGAACUUCAACACACUGAUGGCGGUGGUGGGCGGCCUCAGCAACAGCUCCAUCUCUCGUCUCAAAGACACGGAGACCCACAUCAGUGCAGAGACCAACAAGGUUUUUAACAACUUGAUUGAACUGGUGACAUCAUGUGGGAACUACAGCCAAUACCGCAAGCGUUUCUCGGAGUGCUCGGGCUUCCGAUUCCCCAUUCUUGGCGUUCACCUGAAAGACCUGAUAGCUGUCCAUGUGGCACUGCCAGACUGGGCCGACAAAGAGAAGACACGGGUCAACCUGGCCAAGACCCAGCAGCUGUACGCCAUCCUUCAAGAGCUGGCACUCAUCCAGACCACGCCGCCCAGCGUCGAUGCCAAUACAGACCUGCUCAACUUGCUUACCGUGUCGCUGGACCAGUACCACACAGAGGAGGAGAUCUACCAGAUGUCUCUACAGAGGGAACCUCGUAAAACAGCUAACUCCAGCCCUGCCCCCGCACCUGACCCCAAGCCCACGAUGAUCGAUGAGUGGGCUGUGUCGGUGAAGCCCAACGCCGACCCGACCGUCAUCAAGAAGCACAUAGAGAAGAUGGUGGAGUCAGUCUUCAAGAACUUCGACACAGACGGCGACGGCCACAUCUCCAGGGACGAAUUCGAAGCAAUCAGGAACAACUUCCCUUACCUCAGCAAGUUUGGAGAACUGGACAAGAAUCAGGACGGGCAGAUCAGCAGAGAGGAGAUGAUCGACUACUUUAUGAAGGCCAGCUCUCUGCUCAACUGCAAGAUGGGCUUCAUCCACACUUUCACUGAGACCACCUACGUCAAGCCCACGUUCUGCGAGCACUGCGCCGGCUUUAUAUGGGGCUUCUACAAACAAGGCUACAAGUGUAAAGCCUGCGGGGUGAACUGCCACAAAGCCUGCCGGAGCCGCCUGGCCGUCGAGUGCCGAAAGAGGACCAAGAGCAUCAGCCACGAGACGCCGCCUGCCCUCCAGGCUCGAUCCUACAGUUUCCCUCCGCCUGCCAACACACCGCCCAGCCUGCAGAACACCGUAAUCGCUGAAGAGGACAUAGAGUCAGUGGAGGAAGGAGUUUUUGAUGUCCACCUAUAACCAGGAGCCCUGAACUGAGGAGCGCUUUUGACGAGCAGGCCAGUGACAGUCUUCAGCUCUCAAUUUUUAGAAUCCCUCCUACGGUUGGUGUGCAAGAGGCCAAAUCGGCGACUGUCAGGAUCCAGACAGAGAGUGUCAGUUUUCCAACCCCUCAGCUCGGAGGAGAAAAUGCACUGAACACGAGCCAGGAUACCUACAUGCUGCCACACAGUGGACACAAACCGCAACUGCACUCCCCUCCACCCUAACUCACAAGAAUGUGGCGACCAAUGUGAAUGGAUGUAUGUAAAACCUUUGCAUUUUGAAGAGUGUUAGUGUAAAAUCUUGCUAUAUAUAUAUAUAUAUAUCCCAAAAAAGAAUCCACAAAAUUGUAUUUUCUUGGUGGAAUGUUAGUCACUGAAGUUUAUAAUUUGAGCACACUUUUGCUGCAGGCUGUUUUCUUUCAGACAUAAAAUAGGUGCUGUUAUUGCCAAGAAUGUAAAACCUGCCACCCAGACUAAGCUAGUCUCCUUUAUCUGAGAAGCUUUUUUCUUCUUCUUUUGUUUAUCGCAUUGUUUUGAAGUACAUUUCAGCGGACCAACAAUGGGACCAAUUUUGAUGUCAGAUAAAGUAUUGUUGAUUUGUGGUGCCUGUCUGAAGUGUGAUGACAAAAACGACCAUUUCUACCGACGAAAGAAACGGCUGAAAUGAGUGUACAGACAGCUAUAAGUAGGAAUUUUCUGUCAUGUUUACCUGAAUAUCAGUAAAUGUCCUCUAGUUAUUGCCGUGGUGUUGUUCAGUAUGCAGUGCUGUCUUGUACCAGUGCACUGAUAGAUGACCUAUCCUCUCGCAGUACUGUGAAUGUAGCAGAAAACAGUGAAACGCUGCCGUCACAUGAAGAACUCAUCCUUCCUGAUAAAUUUGUUGACAGCACGAGAGCGGGAAACUGGCUCGCUUCCCACUGAUUCCAGUGUUAGUUUCUGAAGUUUUUCAGACUGUCAUCUCGGAUAAAAUAAUCAAAAGGAUCACCUCAGAACUGGAGUAAUGAGGCUUUUCAUUUGACAGCAGCCUAUAAAAACCUUUCCCUUUGAAUCUAUUUUAAUGUAAGAUGUGUUUUGCUGCCUUUAUCCUGCAUGCGUCGUCCUUCGCGGCUGUAUUCUCUCGCCAGACGUCUCUGUUGCUUUUUAUUUUCGUUUUUAAAUGUAGCACGCCGAAUUAUCAUUUAUUUAGGAAACCUGUUUUCCAGACAGUGGAAAUGCUCCCGCUUCUUUGUGCCUGUGGAGAGAUGAAUUCAGAAUCGCUGUGCCAUAUUGUCAACUGCUGGUUUGUCAUUGAAUGAGACUCCUCCCAUUUGCUGGUAUUUAUUUUCCCUGUAUAAACGCAUAAAUAGAUGCUGGUCCUUCUGUGUCUCUCCGCCUGACGCAGGAUGUUUUGUUGUUAUGCAGAAUGAUGCCAUGCUUUUCUUUGUGGUCUGUUCCCAGAUGAUUCCUCAGUAUUAAAUGCAGCAGGCAUCUUUCUAUAAUGUGGUCUGGUUCAAAAAAAUCUGUGACAAAUAAGAAUGAUACUGAAAAAACGA